AUCCGCGAAAGAGUCAGCGGGAGCGACAGCAGCCGCCUUUGCAACCUACGCCGCGGCUGGCGAAGCAGCAGCGGUCGGUGGCAAGUCACCUUGCCAUUGCGCCAAGUCCAGGAUGGCCCGGGAAGGCGACGGCGGCAACAGUAGAGGCUGAAGGAAGAGUGCAGCUUCCCCCCCCCCCGCCCCGACCCAAGGACUUCGCUACCGCCGCUCGACUCUUCCGAACCGAAAGAAGAGCGGGAAGAUGGAUGCGGCCCCCUCCCCGGGAUUCGGUCUGAAGGAUGUGAAAUGGAGCUCCGUGUCCAUCCCUUUGGACCUUCUGGUUAGCACUUACCGCUUGCCCCAGGUCGUCAAACUGGACGGCGGAGAACCUAUAGAUGGUCUUCGAGAGAGUGAUUAUCUAUUGAUUCAUUCAUGCCGACAAUGGACAACUAUUACAGCUCAUAGUCUAGAAGAGGGCCAUUAUGUCAUAGGGCCGAAGAUAGAAAUUCCAGUGCAUUAUGCCGGGCAGUUUAAGCUGCUGGAACAAGACCGUGAUAUUAAGGAGCCAGUGCAGUAUUUUAACAGUGUGGAGGAGGUGGCUAAAGCAUUUCCUGAACGAGUUUACGUCAUGGAGGAAAUAACAUUCAACGUUAAGGUGGCUUCAGGUGAAUGCAAUGAAGACACAGAAGUUUAUAAUAUUACCCUUUGCACAGGCGAUGAGCUCACAUUAAUGGGACAAGCAGAAAUCCUAUAUGCAAAAUCUUCAAAGGAAAAGUCACGGCUCAAUACCAUCUUCAAGAAAAUUGGAAAACUCAAUUCCAUUAGCAAAUUGGGCAAAGGCAAAAUGCCUUGCUUGAUUUGCAUGAACCAUCGGACCAAUGAGAGUAUUAGCCUGCCUUUCCAGUGUAAAGGGAGAUUUAGCACACGUAGUCCCUUGGAGCUACAAAUGCAAGAAGGGGAGCAUACCAUUCGAAACAUCGUGGAAAAGACACGGCUCCCAGUGAAUGUGAAUGUGCCAAGCCCUCCCCCACGGAAUCCUUAUGACUUGCAUUUUGUCCGUGAAGGACACCGUUACAAGUUUGUUAAUAUUCAAACCAAGACAGUUGUGGUUUGCUGCGCACUACAUAGUAAUAAAAUUAUUCCAAUGCACUUUCCUUUGCAUUUAGCUCUUCCAAAGUUUACCCUUCCAGAAAGUCUUGUGAAAGGAGAAGCGUGGCAUGAAGCCUUUGUGAAGCACUGGUUCAGCCUCUGCCAAGAGCAGUUCGAUAUUGAUGAAUAUUCUCGUGCUGUGAGAGAUGUAAAAGCGGACUGGAAUGAAGACUGCAAAAGCCCACAAAAAAGUCGACCCACCAGCCACAACCAUGUGCCAAACUCUCUCAGUUAUGCUCGGGAUGAGUUGACCCAGUCUUUCCACCGUCUCUCUGUAUGUGUCUAUGGAAACAACCUCCAUGGAAAUAGCGAGGUGAACCUUCAUGAUUGCAGAGACUUGUGUAACGAGUGGGCUUUAUCUUCUCAUGAUGCUUUGCAAGAUUCUAGGGAUGGGAGCUGUAACUACCUUUUUCCUGAAAUUAGUGAAGAAACAGUCUGUUUACCUCCUAAACUGGAACUUCCAUAUGAAGAACUAUGGUUGGACAAAGGGGGUGGGAAAGUGAAUGAUCAGCCUCUUACUCGCUCACAGAGCGAAAAGAACAAAUGUGACAACUACAGGAGUUCUUUCCGGUCCAGGGGUGGUACAACUUCUCUGCCAGCACCAGGAUCUUUAGUAGCAACAGCAAAAUCCUCAGAUGUUUCCCUACCUCCACCACCUGUGCCUCCUAAAUCAGAAGCAGUCAGAGAGGAAUGUAGACUCCUGAAUGCUCCUCCUGUCCCACCACGCAACUCAAAGCCAACAUCUACUAGCCCUUCUAUUCCUCCACGGAUGACCAAACCUGUGCGGCAUCAAACUCGUUCUCCUAGUCCAACACUUUCAUACUAUUCAUCAGGACUGCACAAUAU